GCUUCAAGCCGUAGGACAACAGUAUUAUUUCUGUAUUUCAUUCACUCUUUUUUGCACGGUUUGAGAUUUGGUUGUCUGUGAAAACAAGUUAUUUUUGAAAAGUUAUCUGUGAAUUUUUCAGUCAACAAAUGUCGGUCGGUGGGGUGUUGAUUGGAAUUCCAUUAUUUAUUUACUUUUAAAUUAUAAUUUCCAGUAAAUCAAGUAAAAACAUGAGAAAGACUUAUCGUGUAAUAUUACAAAAAAUACCACUAUAAACUUGUCCAAUAACUCACAUCAAAAACACCGAAAUAAUUCGUCUAAAGAAUUCGUGAAGAUGUGAUUGUUUUAUGGUUUAUUUUGGCUGCGUGCCAUGGUCUUGUUGCUGGAUUUACAAUAAUUGGUGAAAAAUGAAUUACUUGGCGUCGUUGGUGACGUUGCUGCUGCUCGGGCAGGAAUGUGUGGGGUACUGUCCUUCUCUUUGCGUCUGCAAGAACAAGGCUGGUGAUGGGGCGGUCCCAGAGGUGGAGGCUGGGGACCCGCUGAGGCUCAAGUGUGGAGGGUCCCCGACACAGCUCACGGAACUCAAGGAGAUAGAUCUCAGCCAAGUCUUGACCACUGUCAUCAGUUUGAAUUUGUCUGGGAAUGCAAUCACAGUUCUUUCAAGAGAGCUGCAACUGCCUAAUCUACAAAAACUUGAUCUGAGCAAGAACCAAAUAUCUCUGAUAGAGUCAGAUGCCUUCUACAACAUGACCAGUCUGCAAAGACUGGAUCUGUCCAACAAUCAGAUAAGCAACAUCUACAAAGAAAUGUUCAAAGGCCUGGUGAAUCUCGAGAGGCUCAUCAUGACCCACAACCAUAUAUCUGUGCUUCCAGUGGGAACAUUUGACUAUCUUGUUGGAUUGAAACAACUUGACAUCACAGAGAACCCUCUUAUAUGUGACUGCGAGCUGCUGUGGCUGGCUGACUGGGCCAGAAACACUAGUGUGAAGCUUGUUGGCAACCCCAAGUGCGCUUCCCCUGAGAACAUGCUCAACAAGACUGUACGCAAACUCAAGAUCUUCCUCGAUCUCUCCGCUUGCGGUAGUCUCCUACCUAUCACCACCUUAGUCGUCAAACCAUAUCAAAAUCAAGUGGUCUUCGAAGGAGACUCGUUGAACCUCUCCUGUAAUGCUCCAUUUGCAUCAGUCUUAGCUAAGUAUGAGCUGAAAUGGAUCCAUCCAAUGUUGGAAAUCUGUGAUGUUAAUGAAACAACAACAGACAUGCAAGAGGAAGGCCUAGCAGAGACUACAUUGUUCUUCCCGAACCUCACAAACCAUCACACUGGCAACUGGACUUGUGCUUACUCAGACCAGAAUCACAUCAAGCACAACCAUACUGUAGAAGUUGUGGUCAUUUCAAACACUACAAAAUACUGUAUGACGAACCAUACUAUUGACAAUAAGGGACUGUAUGCGUGGCCACAAGUAUUGCUGAAUCAUACAGCUUCCGUCCCUUGUAGAAGUGGGGAAGGCUUAGCAUAUAGAUACUGCCAAGCCAAUGCCACCUGGGGCAUGCCAAAUACCACAGCUUGUUCAUACACAAGCAACGUAACUAAGUUACUGCAGCAGUUUGCUCUGUUAAACAUCAGUUUAGUGCAGUAUUCAGCAGUGAAUGCGACUGAGAGACUGGCGUUACUUAUUCAAGAGAAGACAUAUCCGUUGGCGGAGAUCUCUGACCCUGAUGACGUCAUGUUCAUCGCUGCGGCUAUCCGGAAUUACAUGCAAUAUAUUGAAGAGGAACAGGAUCUUGGCUCCUCCCUGCUAGACGUGAUCAGCGCCACAAUGAACGUGUCAGCAGCUGUCAUGGCGGCGGCGGAGCUGCAGUACGGCGCGUGUACCGACAUGUUGGAGGCCGUGCAGGAGAUCUCGCAGCAUAUCGGCAAUAUACAGGGGCAGAAGUCCAACAUGGCGGUGGAGCGGUUCCCGCUAGCGGAGGGGUUCAGCGGCGUGGCGUGCGCGUGGUACUCGGCCCCGCGGCGCGCGCUGCACUGCACCAGCUCCAACAGAACCGCUGCUACUAUGAGGGCUGGGAGGGACGAGAGGGUUAUAGCUGCUAUACAAAUACCCCAAUCCCUGCUCUACAGUACAACGGACAACGGCUCGCUGCUAUCUAGCACCGGGAUGCAGCAGCUAGUCAUAUCUCUGUACGAGGACGCAUCACUAUUUCCUCUGCUGCCCAUAGCUGAUGAUGAUGAGACUAAUAACAACCAGCACCGGUCGAAAGACUACUAUGGGAGGAGUACGAAGAGGGAUGAUAUUAAUGCGGAGAUAACGUCGCCGGUUGUCGGGUUCCAUUUGUUGAACAUGAACAUAUCCGGUCCCCUGCUGGAGCCAGUGAUAGUGUCGAUGCGGGUGAGCGGCGCUUCUGGAGGCCGCGCCGCCGUGAGGCUGGCGCACCAGGCGCGGUGGAUAGAGCAGACUACAGUGAACAUGAACAUAUCCGGUCCCCUGCUGGAGCCGGUGAUAGUGUCGAUGCGGGUGAGCGGCGCUUCUGGAGGCCGCGCCGCCGUGAGGCUGGCGCACCAGGCGCAGUGGAUAGAGCAGACUACAGAGCCAGUGAUAGUGUCGAUGCGGGUGAGCGGCGCUUCAGGAGGCCGCGCCGCCGUGAGGCUGGCGCACCAGGCGCGGUGGAUAGAGCAGACUACAGCCUUGAGAAUGUCUCACCAUGCGCGGUGGACAGAGAAGUCUUCUCCCGCAGUGAACAUGAACAUAUCCGGUCCCCUGCUGGAGCCAGUGAUAGUGUCGAUGCGGGUGAGCGGCGCUUCAGGAGGCCGCGCCGCCGUGAGGCUGGCGCACCAGGCGCGGUGGAUAGAGCAGACUACCGAUUGCAAAGUUACCCACGUGGUCGGCGACAUGAUCAUCAUCAGCUGCUUCAAGUUAGCCUACGUUGGCUUACUACAAAACGUCGAAACCGGCAUUUACGGCGCUAAGACCGACGGCGCAAGGUUCAAAGUCUCUCAUCCGGCAGUCUACGUCGGCAGCUUGAUCCUGAUUGGCUGCGUGAGUUGCGCCACUCUUACCUACAUCAUGUGCUUUCCAGCAGUCCAGAUGGCGAAGAAAACUAAACAUGCCCUUAUUAACACGUGGAUAGCGAUCGGAUUGCUCUGCUUCAUGUAUACAUUAGGUAUAUACCAAACGGAAGACGUCAAGUUGUGUCAAGUGGUCGGAUUGUUGAUACACUAUCUGUCUCUUUCUUGCCUGCUGUGGAUGUGUGUGUCGGCUAGCAAUAUGUACAAGUGGGUGACAAAGACGCACAAUCCUGUCAGGACUCCAGAAGACGAGUUACCACCAGACGUUCCCGUUCAGAAACCUAUAUUGGGUUUGUAUCUGGUCGGCUGGGGCAUAGCUUUGAUUGUCUGUGGAAUAUCUGGAGCAGUCAACUUGAAAGACUAUGCGGGUUACACGCAAUGUUUCCUCAGUACCGCCCCAUCUUUAGCGGCCUUGUUCGUUCCCGGAGGAAUAUUACUGUUUUUCCUGCUUAUAAUUUAUUUACUCAUCCGGUGCACUAUAAGGACUAUGAACGUGCAGUUGUCAGAGGGCACCCAGGCCACUGAAAACGUGGAUUUGGAAAUGUGGGAGCCGAAUCAAAGCAACGAUACAGCUGAACGCAGAAGUAUUAAAUCCACCGCUGAUAGCGAAAUGGAGGAUGUUGAGCAUACGCCGAUAAUACAACUGAGGGCUCAAGUUAUAGUGCUUUGCCUAUACAUGUCUGUUUGGACGUGCGGGGCUAUAGCGGUCUAUAGGCCUCUGCCGGCGUAUUUGCCAUACCAAGAGGAUAUUUGUAGCAUCAUAUAUGCAGUUUGCUCGACGAUUUUAGGCACGUUUAUACUUUUCUUCUAUGGUAUUGCAAGAAGUGAUGUUCGAGCUCAAUGGUCUAUGAUGCAUUGUUAUCUGCAAAAGAGCAAACAGUGUUGUAGGAAUAGAAGCGUUUUCGAUUCAAACCAACAGAAUCCUCCGCCGAAUCAGGUGACUGCGCCACUGUCUCUUACAGUCCCGAAUGAUAAUAGGUCAAGAUCCGGUAGCAGAAGCUCGAAUAGAACUAACUCUAAAACGAACAACAGUGGAACCUACAAAGCUGCUGCAGAACUGAAUGGGCAGACUUUACAGAAGGAUAAAGUCAAAAACACGAACGCAAAGAAUCCCAAUAUAAACCUGGUAGUGUUGCACCGACAGCAGUAUCGGUCUAACAACUCCAUGAUGACGUAUCCAGAAACGGCAAGCGUCGGGCCAGAGGUCUUCUACAACCCCAACCAAAUGAAUGUAGCCAAGAAGUUCUUCAAGAAGCAGAGGCAGAAUAUGAAGAGGAAUUGUCUAGAGUUACCCACCAGAAGGGACUGUGACACGGAUUCACAUAUAUCGCUACCCUUGCCGACCAAUGAGGCGUAUAGCGGUGUCGCUAACAUGAUCAACUCGGGAACCAAAGUCAACAAUACAAAUAUACACGUGGAAAGAUCUAACAACGGCAUCAAAGAGGCAAGAAAAGUCAUCAACAAUCCCAAUCUUCUAGAAGAAGACGAAAGCAAAGAGAGUCAAUAUAAAAACUACUCAAUAGACACAAGAAAGUCUUGGAAUAAGGAUGAUGGUAAAAAUAACCGCGCUCAAGUUAUGAAUAUUUACACGAACGUGCCUGAAACGUUGAUUCCGCAACAUCAAGUCGUCAAAGCCAACGCGAAAGGGUUUAAUGGUCAAAGGAACAGUGUGUCUGAAGAAUGCCUGCAAAGCCAGGCCAGUGAGCAGCCAGAAAUGAGGACCGUGUCCCAACAGUGCAGCCUAGAAUACAGCUCUGCGUCAGAAAUAGCCAUGCCUCACACCUGCUCAGACCAAACCCUCAACACGCACUCUGAAUUAACCUCCUUACAAGAAACCCACAGCGCCUUAUGUUCGACCAACGAAAUAACUGACACAGAGAGCUUUGGCCAGUACAUAGACUACUUGCAACCGCAAAAGCAAGACAGCAAAGAUCACAUAGACAAAUCCCUGCAAGACAUUUCGGAAGAGUGCACAAUGAACAGUGACGACAUCAACAGAUCCAGCACUCCGCAGACUAACGACAACGAACCAAGCAAUAAUGAGCUGGAGAAGUUGAUUGAAAAUGUAGACAAUAAAGAGAAAGAUGAAGAAAAGGACGCAUUUUUCUUAGCAAAGACAACAUACGACUUCGAGACGUGCAGCACCAACGCUAGUGAGCAGGGCUUUGAAAACGAAAGCGACAUCUACUGCCCAAACUACCAGAUGUCUGAAGUGAGCAUCCGAAGCCACGGCCUAUACGCCCCGUCGCCCUCCUCCAUGUGUCCAAACGAGAUCAGUUUCAGCAACGAAGACAUCUCGAAUGUGGAAAGUCAGUACGUGAACUUCGACCCUGGUUGGAGGAAGACGAUAAAGAGUCACCCUAAAGGUGAAUACGCGGCGGUCAGCUGUCCCGAAGUGAAUCGGGAAAGUCCGGUGUCUUUCACGAGCGAGAUAGAUGAGCUGUAUACGGCGAUAACGAGGGAGAGGGAUAGAUCGUCGCCUCGACGUGAAGCUGAGGCGUUGGAUGUGACAGUGAAUAGUGAUGUGACGUUGAAGCCGUGUGACAGUGACAGUUGCGUCAGCGAGGCGGUGUCAGAUGUCAAAGGAGAGACUACAGUGUGAAUGAAAUGUGGACAAUUGUGAGGUGUUCCUUAAUCUUUUAUGUUGGAUAUAGUGGAUAGAUACUGGAUUGUAGAUCACUCACGAAUUGAGACUAUACAUUGUAAAAUUUGGCAUGAGUUCUAUGACAGAUGCCAAAUCUAUUUUAUUGUCAUUUGUUAGUUUUAAAGGGAAAACGAACUGUAUUAGCCUGGAAUGAGCGUCUGUCACUGAAACGUCUUAGGACUCAAUAUUUAUUUUACAAAGUACAGUUAGCAGUAAAAGAAGACCUGUAUUAUUAUUUAUUUUAAGGUAAAAAUUGUGUUCAGAACAGAAGAGUUGUGCGACUGGGAGUUUUAUUGACGGAAAUUGAUCUUGUUAGCAAAGAACAUUAAAAAAACCGACAUGGUUUAGGUUGACAAAGACACGUUGGUGUGUCCCUACGUUUUGUAAAAUAGUAAUUUAUAUUUUGACAUGUAAUUAUUUUUAAGUUUUACCAAUAUACAAGGAGACAUAAACAGAGUAUAAAAUUCA